CUCUCUGUCGCCAUGGCCACCGUAGCUGCCCGCCGUCUACUCCGUCCUACCUCCUUCACCGCCUUAUCCAGCGUCCGCCGCUUCCUCUCCUCCGCCGCUUCCCCACCUCCCAACCGUAGCUCCAACACGAACAGCCCCGUCUCCUUCGACUGGUCGGACGAUGACGAGAAUCCCUCCGCACCUCCACCCACAACCCCGGCAAAGAACCCCGCUCUUCCGCCUCCCUACGACCCUUUCAGCAAGAAGCCUGUUGUGGCCGAUCCGGCCGACCCCACCAACCUGCAGGAAAUUUUUCAUCGGAUGCGCACCGAAGGCCUCACUGACUAUGCCAUCAAGAUGUUCGACGGAUUGUCCAAAGACGGUCUCACACAUGAGGCGCUGGCUCUCUUCUCGGUCAUCAAGGACAAGGGCGCCAUGCCCGACGUUGUUGCCCACACCGCCGUCCUUGAGGCCUACGCCAACGCCGGCCCAGGCCACUGGCGUGACGCAGUGCGCACAUACAACCGCAUGCUCUCGACCGGGGUCGCGCCCAACGCGUACACGCUUGCCGUGCUGGUCAAGGGGCUCGGGGCAAGCGACCGGUGCACGGAGGCCGGCAAGUACCUGCUAGACAUGCUUGACCGUGGGAUGCGGCCCAAUGUGGCGACGUGCCUGGCCGCCUUCGAUGCUCAUGUGAGGAUGGAGAAGGUGGAAGAGGGGAAGCUGCUGCUGGAGGAGAUGAAGAAGAAGGGGUUUACGCUUGAUGAGGAGGCAGUGCGCAGCAGCACCGUCAAGCGUGGGCAUGUUUUCAGGGGCGUCAUAAACCUGCUCUUUGGCAAGUGAUAUUGGUAUGCAUCUUUCUUAACAUAGGAGAUGUUGUGCCAAGAAUAGUUGUUGGGUCAUAACUUGUCAGGAUUGUAAUGGAAAUGAAAAUGUCGAUUGUU